AUGGACGUGGGUAGCAAAGAGGUCCUGAUGGAGAGCCCACCGGAUUACUCAGCAGGCCCCAGGAGCCAGUUCCGCAUCCCCUGCUGCCCAGUGCAUCUCAAACGCCUUCUCAUCGUGGUUGUGGUGGUGGUCCUUGUUGUCGUGGUGAUUGUAGGGGCCCUGCUCAUGGGCCUUCACAUGAGUCAGAAACAUACUGAGAUGGUCCUUGAGAUGAGCAUGGGAGCACCGGAAACUCAGAAACGCCUAGCCUCGAGUGAGCGCAUGGACACCAUUGCUACCUUCUCCAUUGGCUCCACCGGCAUUGUUGUGUAUGACUACCAGCGGCUCCUGACUGCCUAUAAGCCAGCUCCAGGAACCUACUGCUACAUCAUGAAGAUGGCUCCAGAGAGCAUCCCUAGUCUUGAGGCUUUCGCUAGAAAAUCCCAGAACUUCCAGGUGGGUGUUAGGUGCUCUUUCCAGGCCAAGCCCUCCACACCCACCUCUAAGCUGGGCCAGGAGGAAGGGCACGAUGCUGGUUCCGAUUCCGAUUCUUCCGGGAGACAGCUGGCUUUCCUAGGCCUCGCUGUGAGCACCUUGUGUGGAGAGCUACCAUUGUACUAUAUCUAG